AUACUUAUUCUCUCUGCGUUCACACUACUGUUGCUGAAAGUGUUUCAAAUUUCCGCCGAUAUUGCAAUCGGCCUCCACCUCCCAACCCUUACCUCAGCGUGCGUCCCUUACGUGAUUUCUCAUUGGCUGCGAGGAAAAGGAGCACAAUCUAGUUCAUGGAGAUCGGCGCAUGCGUGUAUGCAAUUGUUGCAGCCUCUGUGCACCAUAUGCAGCAAGCUUGAAGAGCCAGGAUUGAGUGUUUGCAGGUUAAUACAAAACAGCGAACAUGGGGAAGAAACAGAAGACCAAGAGCGAUGAGAGUUCCAAGGAUGAUGUUGAUCUUGAUGCCUUAGCUGCAGAGAUUGAGGGAACUGGAGCUGCUAAAGACCAGAAGGCCAAAGGAAAAAAGAAGAAAGGAAAGAAGCAAGAUUUUGAUGAAGAGGAUAUAUUGAAGGAACUGGAGGAGCUGUCCUUGGAAACACAAGGAGGUAAAGGAGAGAGAGAACUUAUUUCAAAGAAAGACGAAACAGAUAAUAUAGAAGCUGUACUCACUAAACAAGACAAGAAAAAGAAAGGACAAAAAGGCAAGAAAACAAACUUGGAUGAAGAUGAGGACAAUAGUGAAAAUGAAAUGGAGACCAAAAAUGAAAAACCCAAGAAAGGAGAUAAACCAAAACCCACUGACUUGUCUGAAAGUGAUGAUGAUAAUGAUAACUUUAAUCAAAAUUCUAAGAAGGCAAAGGGAAAAAACCAGUCCGCUAAUAAAAAACCUCAGGUUGUUUCGGAAGCUAAAGAUCACAAAGAAGAACACUCUGGAGACAGUGGUGAGGAGUCAGAUGAGUUCAGCCAAGGGAAUAAAGGACAGAAGAAAAAUCAAAAAGCAAAGCCUGCACCAAAAGUGGAAAGUGGAGAUGAAGAUGGGGAAUUCAAGAUCAAGACUGCUGCUCAAAAGAAGGCUGAGAAGAAGGAACGAGAAAGAAAGAAACGAGAGGAAGAAAAGGCUAAAGUAAAAAAGCAGAAAGAAAAUAAUGAAUCUGAAGGGGGGAAAAAGGAGGAAGCAGAGACCAUUAAAAAGACAGAAAACACAGUUGCUCCAAAAAAGGAAGGCAAGGUCGCAAAUGAGCCUGAAAUCACUGCUGCAGCUGCAGAACUAGAAGAUGACAACGAGGGAGACAAAAAGAAAAAAGACAAAAAGAAAAAGAAAGUGGAAAAGACGGAAAAAGAUGACAAGAAAAAGCGACCCAGUACAGCUGUCGUUAAAGCCAUGCAGGAAGCUCUGGCUAAAAUGAAAGAAGAGGAGGAGAGAUUAAAGAGAGAAGAGGAAGAGCGUUUGAGAUGGCUGGAGGAGAUGGAAGCCAAACGUUUGGAAGAGGAAAGAUUAGAGCAAGAGCGAAAAGAAAAAAGAAAGCAGAAAGAAAAAGAAAGAAAGGAACGCUUAAAAAAGGAAGGAAAGCUUCUGACCAAAACACAGAGAGAAGCCAGAGCUAGAGCAGAAGCAACGCUGAAGGUCCUCCAAGCUCAAGGAGUUGAAGUACCUUCCAAAGACUCUAUGCCAAAGAAAAAGCCAAUCUAUGAAGACAAAAAGAAAAAGAAGCCACAACAACAGACACAAGUUAAGGAAGAGCCGAUGGAGGCAAGUUCUCCAGUAGAAGUGGUUCUAGAACAUCCAACACCAGCAAAAGAAGAGACGGCCAUGCCAGUGGAAUCACCUGCAACAGAAGAGGAUGCUGGUGUGGAUGACUGGGAAGCUAUAGUGAGUGAUGAAGAAAUGAAAAAAGAGACAAAAACUGUUCACAUUGAAGUUCAGGAGAAGAAUGAAGAGGAAGAGGAAGAAGAGGAGGAGGAAGAGGAUGAGGGAGAAAGUGAGGAAGAAGAGGAUGAUGAAGGUGAUAGUGAAGGCACUGAAGAUGGAAAGUCUUCAGAUGAAAAGCCACAAGAAUCUCAAACUGUUGCACCAAAACUUCAAGAGAAGAAACCUAGCAGAGAGCUAAGCUCUGAGUCGGAGUCAGAUUCUGAUGAUGAUCUCACUAAGGAAGAGAGAGCGUACGACAAAGCAAAGAAAAGAAUAGAGAAAAGACGCAUUGAAAACCAGAAAACUGUAAAUACCCAGGUACUCCGGGCACCAGUUAUAUGCGUCCUUGGGCAUGUAGACACCGGAAAAACAAAAAUCUUGGAUAAGCUGCGCCACACAAAUGUACAAGACAGUGAAGCAGGUGGUAUCACUCAACAGAUUGGGGCAACCAACGUUCCCCUUGACGCUAUUCACGAACAGACUAAGAUGGUUAAGAAUUUUGACAGGGAGAAUAUUAAGAUUCCAGGAAUGCUUAUCAUAGAUACACCUGGCCACGAAUCCUUCAGUAAUUUGAGGAAUCGUGGAAGUUCCCUUUGUGAUAUUGCCAUUCUUGUUGUGGAUAUUAUGCACGGACUGGAGCCGCAGACAAUAGAAUCACUUAACCUGCUGAAAAAUAAGAAGUGUCCCUUUAUUGUGGCUCUAAACAAAAUUGAUAGGUUGUAUGAUUGGAAAAAGAGCCCAGAGACUGAUGUUGCUGCAACAUUAAAGAAACAGAAGAAAAAUACUAAAGAUGAAUUUGAGGAGCGGACCAAGUCCAUCAUUGUUGAGUUUGCACAACAGGGUUUGAAUGCUGCUUUAUUCUUUGAAAACAAAGACCCUCGCACUUUUGUCUCUUUGGUUCCUACAUCUGCUCAUACUGGAGAUGGAAUGGGAAAUCUUAUAUCGCUUCUUGUUGACUUGACACAGACCAUGCUAAAUAAAAGACUGGCUCACUCUGAAGAGUUAAGAGCCCAAGUAAUGGAGGUUAAAGCCCUGCCAGGAAUGGGGACAACUAUUGACGUAAUUUUGAUCAAUGGACGUUUAAAGGAAAGUGACAUUGUUAUUGUUCCUGGUGUUGAAGGGCCAAUUGUCACCCAGAUCAGAGGACUUUUGCUUCCUCCCCCUAUGAAAGAAUUAAGAGUUAAGAAUCAAUAUGAGAAACACAAAGAAGUGCUAGCUGCCCAAGGAGUUAAGAUUCUUGGAAAAGACUUGGAGAAGACAUUGGCUGGGUUGCCACUGUUAGUGGCCCACAGUGAGGAUGAGAUCCCAGUUCUUAGGGAUGAGCUUAUCCAUGAAUUAAAGCAGACCCUGAAUGCAAUCAAAUUAGAAGAAAAAGGUGUUUAUGUGCAGGCAUCUACCCUGGGUUCUCUUGAAGCGCUGCUUGAGUUCCUGAAAACAUCAGAAGUACCAUAUGCUGGAAUUAACAUUGGACCUGUUCACAAAAGGGACGUCAUGAAAGCUUCAGUGAUGUUGGAACAUGAUCCACAAUAUGCUGUGAUUUUGGCAUUUGAUGUAAGGAUUGAACGAGAAGCCCAAGAAAUGGCGGACAGUUUAGGGGUUCGCGUAUUUAGUGCUGAAAUCAUCUAUCACUUAUUCGAUGCCUUUACCAAGUACCGGCAAGACUACAAGAAGCAGAAACAGGAAGAGUUCAAGCACAUAGCAGUAUUUCCCUGUAAAAUACGAAUUCUCCCUCAGUUUAUCUUUAAUUCUCGAGAUCCAAUUGUCAUGGGAGUGGUGGUGGAAGCAGGACAAGUGAAACAGGGAACCCCAAUUUGUGUACCUAGUAAAGGUUUUGUAGAAAUUGGUAUAGUGACCAGUAUUGAAAUCAACCACAAGUCAGUGGAUGUGGCAAAGAAAGGCCAGGAAGUGUGUAUUAAAAUCGACCCCAUUCCUGGAGAGUCUCCUAAAAUGUUUGGAAGACACUUUGAAGCUACAGAUUUCCUUGUUAGCAAGAUUAAUCGGCAAUCAAUUGAUGCUUUGAAAAACUGGUUUAGAGACGAGAUGCAGAAAUCAGACUGGCAACUCAUAGUAGAACUGAAGAAAGUGUUUGAAAUUAUCUAAUGACGGUGACAGUCCCAGGCUGGAACUCACCUUGUACAAAUGGACAAGUUUUACUUUUGUAAAAGAAAGAAGCGACGCAUUACAGUGGAACGGAGGAGCCGAAAAGGAUAAUCCUGUGGCUGGUGAAGAAAAUAUUAGUUACAAUUGUUUUCCAUGAGAAACCAAGACUUUUCCACUGGUUCGACAGUGCUCCGUUUUACACAUCCCACCGUUCCAAUGUGCCUGUUCUCUUGUUCACAUCGCUCUUGUACCGGCUUCUGUUUUAAUCGGCCCAAUGUUUUAUUACACAAAUUCUCUCCGUUUUAUAUUUGUAAGAUCAGUGUUGCAGGUUUUGAUCCCCUGCAGAUUAUGAAUCUCUGUUGUAAAAACAAAAAGUAAUUGGAAAAUGAAAUGUUAUUUAUGCGGCUUCUCUGCCCUUCCUUGUAAGUUUUCAAAUGUAUCUUUACUUCGUGCCUAUCUACAUUUUUUUUUUUAAAGAUGGAGAAUGAAAUAGUCAUGAUCUCAAUGUAUCUGCUUUCUGUGAAAUAAUGAUGUAUUUUGGGCAGCAUUUUAAUGCUUGUACAGUUCAUGACAGUUCUAAUGUAAUCAAACAGAGCCAGAAAUAAACUCAAUGGGCAAUGUUA